UAAAAUAUUUGACAUUAAAAAGAAUUAAAUAGCACCUAUGACUAUCUGCAAAGGAAAUUGAUAAAAGAUUUCUAUACAAACUUUGCCAUCCUAUCCUAAACAGUCUAAUAGCAGCACUUCUUGUUUUGUCUUAAAAUAUUAUAUAAAGGGCGCUUUCGUGUAAUUCUUGUGCUAGGUGUGUCGUAACACUUAGCAUUAUUCAUCGCUAAAUCACACCUUGUUCAAAAUUUUCAAUUCCCAAAUCUCAAACGUGAGUUUCAAUUUAGGGUUUAUAAUUUCGUUAAUUCCAUUUCCAUUUUCAAACACUUUCUGUUAUAACUGCAGUUCAAAAUAAAAAUAAAAGUUCUGUUAUAACUUAUUAUCGGCAACAACUUUUUCCGAUCUGUCAUCAAUGUCGUUGUUGGCCGCCAGUGGCGGCGAUACCGUCAAACUAUUUGACGCCUCCGACAGACUUUUCGACUCUUCCGUUAAACCCGGCGAUCCUUGUACUCUCAGUUUCACUCCCACUGCCGGUUCUCAAGUCAAUUCAGUCAAGUGGAAUCACACAAAUUUGGUUGUUGCAAGUGCUGGUGAUGAUAAGAGGAUCUCUCUGUGGAGAAAGAACGGACAGAGUAUGGGGACUAUAGUGGCUGGUACUGAUAGUGUUGACAAUAUCGAGGACACGAUAUUAGCAAUUAGUUUCAGCAACAAAGCAUCCAGAUAUAUGUGUUCUGGAGGAAGCGGUCAAGUUGUAAAGAUAUGGGAUUUGCAAAGGAAGCGCUGUAUUAAAUGGCUAAAGGGUCAUACUAAUACUGUCACAGGUGUGAUGUACAAUUGUAAAGAUGAACAUUUGGCUUCUAUCAGCCUCAGUGGGGACCUUAUACUUCAUAACCUGGCUUCUGGGCAAAGGGCAGCUGAACUCAAAGAUCCCAAUCAACAGAUGUUGAGAGUUCUUGAUUAUUCUCGGGUUAGUCGUCACCUUCUCGUGACAGCUGGUGAUGAUGGGACAGUACAUUUGUGGGAUACAACUGGACGCAACCCUAAGGUUUCAUGGAUGAAGCAGCAUUCUGCACCUACUGCUGGAAUUGGCUUCUCUCCGUCCAACGACAAGAUCAUUGCUAGUGUUGGUCUUGAUAAGAAAUUAUACACUUAUGACUCUGGAUCUAGAAGACCAACAUCUUGCAUUUCUUACGAAGCUCCUUUUUCUUGUUUGGCAUUCAGAGAUGAUGGUUGGAUGCUGGCCGCCGGAACUAGCAAUGGGUGUGUCGCUUUCUAUGAUGUCCGUGGAAAACCACAACCUUUUGGUGUUCUUCAUGCUUAUGGUAGUUCAGAGGCUGUUACAAGCUUAUGUUGGCAAAGAUCAAAACCAGUUAUUGUCGAUGAAAGGAGUUGCACUGCUGAGAGUGCUCUUAUUGGAAAUUCUGUUGAAGAUUCAAUCCUUAUGCCUGAUCCUUUACCUUCUGCAACUUCAUCAAGCAUUUCCACAUCUGUGUCUAGUACUUGGAAUUCUGGUCGGCUGGGUUCUUCCAUUGAUACAUCUUCACUUGCAACAUCCAGCAGUGGAUUUACUACAAGCCUACAAAAUGUGUCUACUGGAGAGGAAACACCACAGCGAAACCAUUUAUGGCCAGGUGGAACACUGUCCAGGUUGCAUGCUCCACGUGGUAGUUAUAACUUCAAGGAUGACAUGGAGGUAUUCUCCCCUCUUGUGGAUGUUACACCAAUAACACCUUCACUGUGGGAUGAAAAUGGGGCAAAGAAGGAUAUUUUAUUUUCAGAUAGGAAACCUGUGUUGUUUCGAUCAUCUAGUCGAAGAUUUCCAAGUUCAGAAGAUGUAAGCAGUGAUCAUGUAAUAGCUGAUUGGAAGUCUAGCUCAACUGCCAAGCAGGAUAUCACUCAUUCUUCCUUUCCACUUGUGGGGUUAACUCCUCCAUCUACAAAGAGUGAAGAGUCUUCCAUCACUCCUCCAGAAGCCUGGGGUGGUGAGAAGUUACCUGAUAAAUAUACUUGUCCGGCUGUAAAUGCACCAUCUCGUUUUGGGAUGUUGGCUUCCAGUGGUCAAACGGCAGGAUCAAUGCUUUCUGGGUUACAGGAUACAUCGUCAUCAACUGGUAUCGAUUCCUAUACAAGUUCAAGCCUAAAUUUUUCAAAUUUACGCACCAAAGAUGUUUCUACAGGCCAGGAGACUUCAUUGGGGUUUACUGAUCACAUGUUCGCUACUUCUAUGCCUUUGUCCUCCAUCAGUACAAAAACCAGCCUUGGACAGACAAACAUUGACUCCCCAAAAUUGUCUGAUUCUCCUAGAACGUCAGCUUUUUCUAGAAGAAUUUCUAGUUAUGCAGAAAGAAUUGGCAUUGCAUCUUCCUUCGGUGAUGGAGCAUCUCUUUCAGUUGGUUCACCUAAGAUUAAGAAAUCAGGAGCAGAAACCAGAGAAGAACUUCUAAAUAGCUUGCUAUUGAAGUCUGAUAUAUCUAUUCCAACAGAUUCAGGCUCUCUAACAAAUGGAGCAAUACCACAACAGAAACCAUCUCAGUCAGAUGCACAAGGAUCGUCAUUUACACUACAGCUUUUUCAGCGGACACUGGAUGAAACUCUAGAUUCCUUUCAGAAAUCCAUACACGAGGAUGUGAGAAACGUCCAUCUUGAAAUAUUAAGACAGUUUCAUCUGCAAGAGAUUGAAAUGUCAACCGCAAUGAACUCAAUUCUGGAAAACCAAGCUGAGUUGUUGAAAGAAGUGAAGUCUCUGCGUAAGGAAAACGAGCAGCUUAGACGAUUGCUUUGAUGGACAUGUGAAUAAGGUUGCAACAUUUUUCUUUAACAGAGUGUCUUUAUCCCGUGGGAUCUGUUGUAUCUUUUACAAACUAGCAAUUUAUCUUUUGAUUUGUUAUAGGCGAUUGUGUCCCUGCUUUUAGAUGGUGGUGGUUGGAAAACAAAAAAAAAAAAUCACAAUGUAUAGCUUUUAGAUUGUUACUGGAAUAGCUAUUGAAAAUGUAUAGAGGUGAUGAUUUUCUAAUUAUGGAAGCUAUUUGUUGGGGAUUCUAUAUUUGGAAAUUAUAUACUUGAGUUCUUGCUUGGCACAAAA